AUGGACGUCGCCUCGCUCGCCGCGGCGACGACGCCGCUCGCCGUCGCGCUCUUGCUCGCGCACCACGCAGAGCUCGUCGCCACGUUGGUCGCACCGAACGCGCGGCGACUGUUCGCGCCGCGGUACGGUCGAUCGCAUCGACUCGCGGGCGUCGUCUACCUCGUCGUCCUCGCGAUUGGGCUGUGCGACGUCGCCGCGACGGUCGUCGCGACGCGGGCGUGGGGCCCGCGGGGCGCCGCUGGCGUCUUCUCGACGAUAUCGCCGUUCCCGAUGGGCCCGAACGCGCGCGUCGCGCACGACGUCGCGCUCGGCGUCGCCGGCGUGAUCCUUACCGUCACCGCCGCGCGCGACUUUGGUCGCGCGCACGCGUCGGCGCGCGUGAAGAACGUCGCGUCGGGGGCGCUGGACGAGGACGACACGGUGACGCGCGAGGAGAUGCUCGAGCACGCGUUCUAUCAAGGGUUAAACCUCGCGCAGGUGCUCUUCCUGCGCGCGACGACGUCGACGGCGAUGCGCUCGUGUGGGCAAACACCCUCGGCGCUUCUGUUGCUUCUCCUGGUGACGUCCGCGUGGUUGCUGCGUCCGCUGUUCCCGGUGAACCGGUUCUCGCACAACUACACGAGGGCGGGGAGGGACCCGCGCGCGCUGACGUCGGUGCUGUAUCGCGUCAAGAAGUAUCAGUACGUCUUCUACAAGCACUUCCUCUUGCACGGGCUCAACGUCACCGCCGCCGUGUCGGCGGCGGCGGCGACGUCGAACGCCGCGACGCCUCCAUCGUUUAACCCUCUGCGCCCGGACGACGUCGUCUUCCGGACGUACUGGCUCGGCCUGAACGCCGCGUACGUCAUGGAGUUUUUCCUUCAGACGCUCGUGAAGCGCAAGUACGCGUCCCAGUCGCGGAUGCUGCGUAUGAACGUCGCGCUGAUGGUAAUCACCACGGCGCCGGCGGUCGUCGUCCUCGCCGGCGUCUGCCUCCCCGCGGCGGUCGUCUCCCUGGCGCUGAACUUUUUCUCUCCGGGGCGCGAGCUCGGGAACGUCGCGCUGGCGACGUGCGCGGCGAUGCUGAGCCGUGGUGGCGGGAGUUGGUGGGGCGACGAUGACAGGGGCGGAGCCGGCGGCGGGUGGGACGCGCGCGUCGUCGCCGGCGUCUUCGUCUGCGGCGUCGGGCCGUUCCGGUGGAUCGAGGCGUUCGCUCGCGGGCGAAUCGCCGCGCUGCGGGCGCGCGCGGCGAAGAAGGAGUAG